UUCGGUUUUCGGUUCUCUAGUAGCCAAGAGCAUUCAGUUGCUAUAGUUGUACCAUGCCGAGCGGACCACUGAGUUAGGAUCGGUUGAGAAGUUUGGUAUACGAGGAAGAGGAAGUGUAGAUAGUGACCGUCAUGGAUCCCCUGCUUAUUGUCAUUCUGGCCAUCGGACUACUCCACAGAGAUGUGCUCUGCUAUCCCACAAGGGUCGAGUCCGAGGAUAAGAUUAUAGUUCUCCAAAACGAGGAGAUGGAGCCCACGAUCCUGGACUGUGACUACGAGGUGGAGGAGAACCCGAAGUUCAUCACCGUCAAGUGGUACAGAGACGACAAGUCCAUGUAUCAGUGGAUCUUUGGAACACCUCCAUAUGCCAUCCCCGAGUUCAAGAACGAAAUCGACAGCACCUAUGAGAGCUCCACGGAGCCGAGCAAGCAGUACAGCUCGCUGGCCCUUAUCAACCCCACGAUCAGCACCACUGGCGACUACAAGUGCGUGGUGCAGACCCCGGUGCAUAUCUUAUCCAUCCACCAGAGGGUUCAGGUCAUAGAUCUGAGGAACUACACCCUGGAGCUGUCCCACAAGACGAUCCACAACGAGACGCAGCUGAACUGCACCGUGACGAAUGUGUAUCCCCGACCCACCAUCACGAUCAUAUCCAACGACAUGGACGUUGUGAAGCGGGAGCCCAUGGUGUAUGAGGACGAGGAGGGAUACUUCGAUGGCAGCGCGGUGGUGGCGGCCUAUGACACCGACGAUGAUCCCGACGCCUACCAGUGCGUGGUGUCCUUUGAGGGAUACGGGAAGAACUUGACCACUGUGGCCACAUCCGCGUCGUCGGGGGUGGGCCACCUCGACUUCAGCCUGUGGCUGUUUUGUUUUCUGUACUACCUGCUCUCCAAGCUGAAGGUCUUAACCUAAAUAAAAACGUUGUUAUUUAUUGUUACUAAA